CAAGCAACGGUCGAUCUCGCUUUAUCGCAUGUGUCCGUUAGAUGCCGUAAAAAAAAAAUCCAAUAAAAAACUGAAAAGAAAAAGAAAAAGAAAAAUAAAAAAAAGGUCCAUGCCGACGGUGCGGUUCCCGCCCCGUUAAUAUAUAUAGAUAUAUAUGUAGCCUCUUCUCCUCCGAGAUCUCCCGCACCAUCCUCCUCCUCCUCCUCCCACUACAUCAACAUCCAAAUCGCUCGAUCAUGGAGUUGAGAACACCAUCGCUCCAAAACGGGAUCCUACGCGGCGACGAAGCUCCCAACAAUGGCGGAUCCUCUUCCCUGAUCUUCCUCGGAACCGGUUGUUCCAGCGCCGUCCCCAACGCCCGGUGCCUGAUCCAGCCCUCCGAUCCGCCCUGCAAGGUCUGUUUCCAAUCGCUCUCGACCCCUCCCGAGCGAAACCCUAAUUACAGGUGUAAUACUUCUCUUUUGAUUGACUACUGUCCGGAUGGUGGAGAGCACAACUAUAUUCUGAUUGAUGUUGGAAAAACCUUUAGAGAACAAGUUCUGCGUUGGUUUGUUCACCAUAAGAUUCCUCGUGUUGAUUCCAUUAUACUGACUCACGAACAUGCAGAUGCUGUCUUAGGUCUUGAUGAUAUUCGGGUGGUACAACCAUAUAGCGCUACAAAUGAUAUUGAUCCCACUCCUAUUUAUCUCACCCAGUUUGCAAUGGACAGUAUUGCUUUAAAGUUCCCAUAUCUGAUCAAGAAGAAACUAAAGGAGGGCGAAGAAGUUAGGCGUGUUGCUCAACUUGAUUGGAGAAUUAUUGAGAGUCACUGUGAGAAACCAUUUACAUCAUCGGGGCUAGAGUUUGUUCCUUUGCCGGUGAUACAUGGAGAGGAUUACAUAUCUUUGGGCUUUUUAUUUGGAUGCAAGUCAAAAGUUGCAUAUGUAUCUGAUGUUUCACGAUUUCCUGCUAGCACCGAGUAUGUUAUUUCAAAGUCGGGAGCUGGACAAUUGGAUCUUCUCAUCAUAGAUACUUUGUACAAGGGAGGCUCCCAUAAUACCCACCUUUGCUGGAAUCAGACUCUUGAUGCUGUUAAGAGGAUAUGUCCGAAGAGGGCGCUGCUCAUUGGAAUGACUCAUGAGUUCGAUCACCACGAGGAUAACGAGAUAUUGGCUGCAUGGUCCAGCAGGUGGUGUACUUUGGACUUGUUCCAUUUGAGAAGGGAUCCCAGUGCAGCUAGCUCAUGAUGGUUUGCGACUCUACAUGGACCUCUAAUAUGGUAAGUUACAGAGCACUUAAUAGUUGAGACAACUAUUUCUUGAUUACUAUAUUUUCUCAUUAUUCUUCUUGGAAGGGGGAAAAUUCAAUCUUCUAGAGGCGCUUCUUGAGUAUGGAAAUGUGAAUGCAAAGAUAAACCACCCUUUGCAGUAGCAUAAAAUUAACUAAUGAGUCAGGUUGAUGAACUAACUUGCAGUAACCACUUCUUUUUUGCUGCAAUUGCUAUGUUAUUCUUGAUUUGUAUUUUGUACGACUUUGUUCGCCUUGUUGAUUUAAGUAUUAGACAAUUUCACCGAUUGUUUUAUCA